UUCCCACUGUUGCGAUUCCCACCGUCGCUGCUUCCACCGCUGUGGUCUCCACUGCUGCAGUUUCUACUGCUGCUGUUUCAACUCCGGGUUUCACUCCAGCAGUUUCUGCUACGGAAGUUGCCUCCGCUGCUCGUCCUGUCACUGCUUGUUCAUCUGCUGCUAAUGCAGUUCCCACUGUUGUGGUUCCCACCGCCGCCGCUUCCACAGUUGUGGUCUCCACUGCUGCAAUUUCUACUGCUGCUGCCGCUGUGGUCUCCACUGCUGCAGUUUCUACUGCUGCUGUUUCAACUCCGGGUUUCACUCCAGCAGUUUCUGCUACGGAAGUUGCCUACGCUGCGGUCCCUGCUACGGAAGUUGCCUCUACUGUGGUUCCUACUACAACACUUGUCUCUGCCGCGGUUCCACUUUUUACCACUUCCUCUGCUUCUGUACCUCGAAUUUCUCAUGCUAUAGUUUUUACUGGUAUAGCUUCCUCUACCCCAGCCCGACACUCGCGUCCUAUGUUCCGACGAAUCCACCCCCCUUUCAUCCCUUUCUGUGCUUGGCCGCAGACGGCUGCGUUCCUCCUCGUCACCCCCAUCUCCUCCAGAGUCUCGUUUGAGAACCGAUUCUCCGGUUUCUAUUCUUCCUAUUGUUCCGCCUUCAUUGCCAGUGACAUCUUCUGUUAGAAACAUCGCCACUCCUCUUAUUGUGUAUCAUCGUYGACGACAUGCACAACAUCGCCACUUGGCCAGGGAUCA